CCGGGAGGGCGGGAACUCGCGCUUCCCGUGAUGCCCCGCGCUCCCUGGCAACCGCGCCGUUGCUAGGGGCGGCCGGCAGCGUCUGUUAUGGCGGCGGCGCUGGGGUUCGGGGCCUUCCUCAUCCUCCUCCUCCCGCCGCCGCUCCGGGCAGCAGAGCCGAGGGAGGAUCCCGGAGCGCCACCGGAGACCAGCGCGGCCGUCCCGGCGCGGACCCGCAGAGGGCCCGCUCCGGUUACGGACGUUGCCAAGCUGUGUGUUUGUGACCUGCUGGUGGCACAAUGUGAUGUGAAUUGCUGCUGUGACCCUGAUUGCAGUGCAGCAGAUUUCAGCCUCUUCACUACCUGUUCAGUUCCUGUGGUCACAGGUGACAGCCGUCUGUGUAGUCAGAAAGCUGCCAUAUAUUCACUUGAUGUUGAAGCAAAUCCACCAGAAAGAGUAUUUAAAUUAAUCGACCAAGUCAAUCCCAGUAUUUUCUGCAUUCAUGCUACAAACUAUGAACAAGCACUCACCUUCAGUUCCCCUGAAAUUCCUACUUCUGAGAAUUUUGAUCAAUUGCUUAAGCAGUUUGGAAGUGCUACUUUCAGUGCUGAGCCUGAGAGCUGGGACAUGAACACAGAUGAUCAGAAUCUGUCUGACGCAAAUGAAACUUACAGAUACCAGUAUGGUGUUCCUAUACAGACAGUGGAUGCAUUCCUGAGACUGCCUAGUCCUGUGGUCUCCUCUUGGUGCUCUGAUGAAAAUCCUGCAGGCUUUUUAGUAAACCAGGCUACAAAAUGCAUUAGAUCAGUAAGUGUGGAAAAAUGCGAAAACAUUCAAGCAAUUAGUAUGCUGUUCUACAUCAACUCCAGCAUUUUAGCAGUGCCUAAGUCAAGUCAGAUGGUGAAUAUUUCUGUCCAGUCCAUAUCUGUCCAGUCUCUAAAUGGAACACGGACUUUACUUAAUGAUAGUGAUGUCCUCAGGCUCCCCAUGAUUUUGGAUGAACUGUGCAUAAAUGUAGUUCUUGGGGUGAGCUAUCACAUUACAUACACAGAUGCAGGAGAAAUAAUAGAAGCAGCUGGUGCUUUUGUCUUGGGGGCAAUUAACAAAGAAGCACUUUCAAUAGAGCAGAGCUUCGAAAUCAGCUUUACUCAGGUAAAUACAACACCAGUUCCUCUCAGUGGUAAUCCUGGUUAUGUUGUUGGACUGCCUGUAAGAGCAGGCUUCCGGACACAAGGAUCUGGCAUCAUUCAAAAUACUAACAAAUACAGUCAACUUACCAUCCUGCAAAGUACAUCUGCCCAGGACUGUCUGGCGGCACAGGGAGCCAGAGCCCCAGUGUUAUUUGGUUAUAACAUGAUAUCAGGCUGUAAGUUACGAAUGACAGCAGCUAUGAAAUGCCAGCCUUUGACUCAGGCCCUCCUGGAUCUACUGAAAGGACAAAGCUUCCCUGACUACGUGGCUUCAUUUGGGAAUUCUCAAGCCCAGGAUGUGCUUGACUGGGUGCCGAUAACUCACCUCUACAUUUCAGAACAGAGCUCAUGCCAAAUACCGGUAUCACUUGAAAUAGAAGUGAGGUGGACUAAAUAUGGAUCCCUAGUCAAUCCACAAGCCAGAAUAGUGAAUGUUACAGCAACGAUCACUACCACCACACUAAAGCAGCUUCCCUCAGGAAGGGAAAGGACUAUUCCUAUAACCAGUUCUGUUGUUUUCACGGAUGUUUCGUUACCUGCAGAGCCAGGCUAUAAAGCCUGGCCCACCAUUAAUGCCAAGUUACCCUUUGAUUUUUUCUUCCCGUUUGUCUGAGGUAAGUAUUCAUAAAACCCCUCAAACCAACCACAUUUCUGCUUUUUCUGACUUGGAGUUCAUUUCCUAAAGAAGAGAGGUUUAUCCAGUCGCUGUGAAGAGCCAUCAGUUGGUUCUGAAUUGUCAACCUGCUGGGUUAAAAUAGCCCAGGAGAGAAAGGGUGAAUCCUUGUGAGGGCUCUCGGAAGCUUUAGGGCAGAAAAACCCCCACAUUAAGUGGAAAGUUCCCAAUUCUACCUCUGCCAGGAGGAAAAAAGCUUGAGUCUGAACUUGCUGGUGGCUCUGGCUGCCCAGUCAGCACAUGCAGAGCCACCAGCCUCCCACCACAUUGGCUGCUCUGCUGAGCAGUGUGGAUGCAGGAGGGGAAGCGACAGCUCUAAAGGAAAGUAGGCUUCAUUAUUCUGUGAAUAGCAAAACUAAAUUGUUAAUUAAAGUAAUCAUGUGCUAUUAGAUAAGGCUCUAACUAUUUUUGUAGAUGAAUAAGCCACAUAUUUCUAGCUAUUUUCCCCAAACCACUGAUUAAUUAUACCUUUCUUUACAAAUCUGACCAGUUAAGUGAUGCUUUCAGGAGAGCUCAAUGGCCAUUCCAGCUGAAAUCAACUGGAGAUGCCUGCUACAGUCAACACCUUUCAGAAUUCCCACUUACUGAAUCUUCUACUGUGAAACAGUCUCUCCACAGAGACCUUCUAGUACCUGAAAAGUGUUCAAACACCAGCCUGGUCCUUCAGAACACAUUUUCUAAAUGGCUUUUCUGGAGUCUUCGCAGUUCCCAGCAGUGCACUCACCUACACCUGUUCUCACAUAUUCCAGUUCUUCUAAUGCAUUGAUUUAUGAGCUGUGGAAACAAAGAACUUCGUAGCUCAGCGGGCUGCAAACUGACACUUAAAAUGGAAGCAGGGAUGAGAGAAUGCAGUAUCAGAAGUCAGAUCUGCUGCUGAGAACAAGGCGCUGUUUGACGUAAGAUGGCACGUGUUGGCCUCUAUUUUGGUGCUGAUUUGAUUGUCAACUACGGGAGUGGUGUGUUGGUAUUUCUGAAACAAGCCUUAUAUAAAUAUCAAAGUGGCAGAAGCAGCAACAGAAAUGAGGAAACUACCAACACUACGAAAAGAAUGGUUGGCACAGGAGAGAUGUACCAGUGGUGAAUGGUCAUCUUGUUGGGAAGCAAUGACCUUUCAGCCUGGGUUCUUAUCAGUGGUACUGCCAGUUUGUACAAGAUGUUACAAACAAAGAACAUUAUCACUGGAAAAAAAUGAACUUAUUUCAAAUAAGUGGUACUUCCAUGGGUUUGUAGCUUGUAAGGAUGUGUCUUUAUUAAAUUACUUUGCAGUCUGGGCUGUACAGCUGUGCAAGGAAGGUCUUAUGAAAUCA